AUGGCGGCGCCCCAUGUCCCCGUGGAUUCAGAUGUGGGAGAAAGUCGCCUCAUUCUGUCCGAUUCUGCCUCGGAAGAAGGGAAACGACCACAGUUUGGGACUCGUUUCCUCACCGAUCCGCGACAGGUUUUUCAACAUAACGCAUGGGACAAUGUGGAGUGGACCGAGGAGCAGGAAAAUGCAGCAAAGAAAAAGGUGUUGGAGAACAGCCAGCCCUUGCCUGCUGAAAAACAAGAGGAGUUUGACACAAAAGCAAAUGAGUUCUGGAAUGAGUUUUACACCAUCCAUGAAAACCGCUUCUUCAAAGACCGACACUGGCUCUUCACCGAGUUCCCGGAGCUGGCCCCUCAGUGCUGUCAGAAACCAGAAGGACUCACAGAUCAGUCUCACACAGAGGACACAGGACAGGACAGUGCAGCUUCGGGGCCCUGCAGAGAAGUGGAGGCUCUCACUCUCAACGACAAAAGCUUUCCAGGAGCAAAUUCUACGUAUCGAAUAUUAGAGGUUGGCUGUGGAGUUGGCAACACAGUUUUCCCAAUACUGAAGACCAACAAUGAUCCUGGUCUGUUUGUUUACUGCUGCGACUUCUCCAGCACUGCAGUCGACCUGGUGAAGACUAAUCCAGAGUACGACCCUGGGCGCUGCUUUGCCUUUGUUCACGAUCUGAGUGAUGUGGAAGCCAAUUACCCCAUCCCCGACGGGACCCUGGAUGUUCUCGUGCUGAUCUUUGUGCUGUCAGCGCUGCAUCCCAACAAGAUGCAAGCGUCCAUCAGUCGGUUGUCUCGCCUGCUGAAGCCUGGAGGGACGAUGAUGCUCAGAGACUACGGCCGCUACGACAUGGCACAGCUGCGAUUCAAGAAGGGAAGAUGUCUUUCAGAAAACUUCUAUGUCCGCGGUGAUGGAACAAGAGUUUACUUCUUUACUCAAGAUGAGCUGCAUGAGUUGUUCUCGUCGGCUGGUUUGGAGAAAGUUCAGAAUCUUGUGGACAGACGUCUUCAGGUGAACAGGGGGAAGCAGCUCACCAUGUACCGAGUCUGGAUUCAGUGCAAAUACCGAAAGGGGAGAGUCAUAACGCAGAGAACGGGGCUGUACGCGCGGCCUUCAUCCAGGGAGGGUCUGCCCACGGAGCAUCGGGGAACAACGGGUACGGCUUCAGGCGUAGGACCAGGCCCUCCCGUGGACCGAAUCACCUGUAAUAGCACCAUGAUGGAAGAACUGCACAGCCUGGACCCCCGGCGGCAAGAGCUGCUGGAGGCUCGCUUCACUGGGGUCGGUGUUGCUAAGGGUUCAGGCCAAAGUCAAAAUGAGUCGUCUAAUCAGAGUCUGUGCAGUGUGGGUUCUCUCAGCGACAAGGAACUUGAAACUCCUGAAAAGAAGACGAAUGACCAAAGGGUACGCAAAAGGAAAGCGGAACACUUUGAUGGCAGCCAAGGCAAAGCAGGAGCAAGAGGACAUAAAAUUAGUGAUUAUUUUGAGUUUGCGGGGGGCGCUGGGCCUGGCACCAGUCCUGCCCGAGGGAUCCCUCCAGUGGUCCGCUCCUCUCCUCAACACUCGCUCUCAAACCCUCCUGUUAUGGUGCAGCAGGGAAGCCCUUCUUCAGUGGGGUCCAACACAGAGCACUCCUCGUGUUCCCUGAAGCCGCUGUCUCUUCUUCUGCUCCACAAAGCCACACAGUCAGACCUUACUUUAGAGAAACUAACUGCACUAGAGAACAAUAAAAAUUCUGACCUGGAGAAGAAAGAAGGGCGGAUAGACGAUUUACUGCGGGCAAACUGUGAUCUGAGGAGGCAGAUAGACGAACAGCAGCGGAUGCUCGAGCGAUACAAGGAACGCUUAAAUAAAUGUGUGACCAUGUCCAAGAAGCUGUUGAUAGAAAAGUCCAAGCAGGAGAAGAUGGCGUGCCGGGACAAAAGCAUGCAGGACCGACUGCGACUGGGCCACUUCACCACAGUGCGACACGGAGCCUCCUUCACAGAGCAGUGGACGGACGGAUACGCGUUUCAAAACCUUAUCAAACAACAAGAACGGAUCAACUCGCAGCGAGAAGACAUCGAGAGGCAGCGGAAACUCCUCGCCAAGCGAAAGCCCCCGUCCAUGGCCCAGACCCCGCCCCCCAGCUUCGAGCAAAACAAACGCAAAAGCAAAGCCAACGGCGCAGAAAGCGAAGCGUUAUCACAAGCAGAGUACCACGAGCAAGAAGAAAUAUUUAAACUUAGAUUAGGUCAUCUUAAAAAGGAGGAAGCUGAGAUCCAGGCAGAACUGGAGAGGUUGGAACGAGUCCGAAACUUGCACAUUCGAGAACUCAAAAGGAUCCACAACGAAGAUAACUCCCAGUUCAAAGAUCACCCCACGUUAAACGAUAGAUAUCUGCUGCUUCACUUAUUGGGACGAGGAGGCUUCAGUGAAGUUUAUAAGGCCUUCGACUUGACGGAGCAGAGGUAUGUCGCAGUUAAAAUUCACCAGCUUAACAAAAACUGGAGGGAUGAGAAGAAGGAAAACUAUCACAAGCAUGCAUGCAGAGAGUACAGAAUCCACAAAGAGCUGGACCACCCACGGAUUGUCAAACUAUACGACUACUUUUCACUCGACACAGACUCGUUCUGCACGGUGCUGGAGUACUGCGAAGGCAACGACCUGGACUUUUACCUGAAGCAGCACAAACUGAUGUCUGAGAAAGAAGGCCGCUCCAUCAUCAUGCAGAUCGUCAACGCACUCAAGUACCUCAACGAGAUCCGACCGCCCAUCAUCCACUACGACCUCAAACCCGGUAAUAUCCUCUUGGUGAACGGCACGGCCUGUGGGGAGAUCAAGAUCACAGACUUCGGUUUGUCCAAAAUCAUGGACGACGACAGCUACAACUCCGUGGACGGGAUGGAGCUGACGUCGCAGGGAGCAGGGACUUACUGGUACCUGCCUCCCGAGUGUUUUGUCGUUGGUAAAGAGCCUCCAAAAAUCUCAAACAAAGUGGACGUGUGGUCUGUGGGAGUCAUUUUCUACCAGUGUCUGUACGGACGAAAGCCGUUUGGACAUAACCAGUCGCAGCAGGACAUCCUCCAGGAGAACACCAUCCUGAAGGCCACAGACGUGCAGUUUCCUCCUAAACCUGUAGUCACACCUGAAGCAAAGGCCUUUAUAAGGCGCUGUCUAGUGUACCGUAAGGAGGACCGCAUCGACGUGCACCAGUUGGCCAGUGACCCGUUCUUGAUGCCACACAUCCGAAAAUCUGUGAACUUCUCUGGGUCGUCGGGGACCGCAGUAGCCUCCACCUCCAGCUCGUCCAACAGCAGCGCCUCUAACUGA